AUGGCGAUGCGCUGCCGGAUCUGCGCCGCCAGCGGCGUAGACGGCCCCGCCAUGCCGGGCGAACAGGUCUGCGCGGCGCACGCGGCGAUGGCCGCGGCGGUCCCGCCGGGCUUGGCCGGAGUCGCCGACCCAGCUGCCAGCAACGCCAGCUUGACGCAGUCCACCGCUGGCCUUAGCAUCGGGGACUCCGACAUCGACGUCGACGAUGCUGGCGACGCGGGGGACGCAGUCCAUCGAGCUGCUCCACUUGCGGCCUCCCCAGCAGCGCGCACCGUAUUCACAGAGCUCAUCGAGCAUCAGGUCAUGCCGCACUUGGAGAUUAUCAACGCGAGAGCGGCCCUCGGCAACUUUCCCGUCGUGCCAUCGGAGAUGAAGACGCGGAGCGAUUUUCAGGGCCCAGACCUGGAGCUCGGCACCUUGGAGUCCCGUGUCCGGUUUGCCAAGCUCAUCGGGUCCACCAUCGACACCGCUACUUGGAGCACCACGGACACGCAGGAGGCCAGGAACGAUGUCGCGGGGAUCACCCAGGUGGCCGACCAAUGCGUCCUCUCGAUGGACUCCUGGAAGGCCGAGCGGAAGAAGCUGCGCGCAUCGAAAUUGCCGUUAUGGAUGGAGCUUGGCACGCAGGCGCUCGACCUCCUCCGCAGGACCGCCCCUCACCAGUCAGACAUCCUCCUCACGCAGUGGUCCAACAUCUUCGCCACGCCUGCCGCAGGGGUAUGUUGCCUCGGUGAAGAGCGCGCGAUCAGAGGCAGAGAC